AGUUUGCCCCUAUUAUGUACACAUUAAUGCUGUCUUUGUUUGUUUGAGUUUAAAAGACAGCUUCAGCUGCCUGGGUUGCACUCUGGUGGGACGCAUCAUGGAGAGAACUGUGGUGCAGCUAACCCUCUUUGGGCUGCUGCUGGCUUUGGCUACCACACUACCAAACAAGGAUGACUGGGACAUCUACAGCUUUCACAUCAACUCUACAGUGACCGAUCGCUAUGCCACCACUGUCAUCACAAGCCGUGUGGCCAAUCGUAUGGAUGAGUCAAAGGAAAUAGAAUUCCACGUUAGGAUUCCAAAGAAUGCCUUCAUCAGUAAAUUCAGAAUGUUUAUAGAUGGCCAGGCAUAUGAUGGUAUUGUGAAAGCUAAGGAGCAGGCUCAGAAGCAGUAUACUGAAGCUGUAUCUCGUGGCCAAAGCGCUGGAAUUGUCAGCUCUGUAGGCAGGACCCUGGAAGAAUUCAAGACUUCUGUCACUGUGGCUGCUCACCAAAAGGUCACCUUUGAACUCACAUAUGAGGAACUGAUGAAACGUACCCUUGGGAAGUAUGAGUUGCAAAUCCAUGCUCGACCGAUGCAGCCUGUCAAAGACUUCAAGGUUGAUGUGCACAUUCAUGAGAAAGCUGGCAUCAGUUUCAUCAAUGUGAAAGGAGGACUAAGCACCAAAGCCCUGGCUAAUGCCAUCACCAAAGAACAAGCAGACAAACAGGCAUGGGUGCAUUUCUAUCCAACAGAGGACCAACAGAAAACGUGUGACAGCUGCGGAGUGGAUGGUAUGAAUGGAGAUCUAGUUAUUGUUUAUGAUGUAAACAGGGACACCACACUGGGAGACAUCAAGAAAUCUGAUGGGUACUUUGUUCAUCACUUUGCUCCAACUGGUCUUUCCCGAAUACCAAAAAAUGUUGUCUUUCUUAUUGAUCAAAGUGGCUCAAUGCAUGGCAGAAAAAUAGAGCAGACACGAAUCGCAUUAAUCCACAUCUUAAAUGACCUGGCUGAAGAUGACUACUUUGGUCUUAUCACUUUUGAUGGUAACAUUAUUCACUGGAAACAAGAACUUGUUCAGGCCAGCAGUGAAAAUGUGGAGAGCGCCAAGAAUUUUGCAAGGACAAUAAGAGAUAGAGGAGCCACAGACAUUAACCAAGCAGUGUUGAAAGGAGCAAGUAUGCUGAAUGCACAUCCAAGAGAAGGUUCAGCAUCUAUCCUUAUACUUCUCACAGAUGGAGAUCCAACCUCAGGCGAGACAAAUAUUGAAGUGAUACAGUCCAAUGUCAGAAGGGCCAUUGCAGAUAAAUUCCCACUCUACUGUCUUGGUUUUGGUUUUGACGUCAAUUUUAAGUUCCUUGAGAAAAUGUCACUACAGAACAAUGGUGUGGCAAGACGAAUUUAUGAAGACUCUGACGCUGAUUUGCAGCUGAAGGGUUUCUAUGAAGAGGUAGCUACUCCUCUGUUGACAGACCUGACACUACUCUAUGCUGGUGGAACCAAUCUUACCCAGACUAACUUCAGCAUGUAUUAUAAUGGCUCUGAGAUCGUGGUGGCUGGUCAGAUCACUGACAAUGACGUGGAAACUCUCACUCCACAAGUUGUGGCCAUUUCGGGGAAUAGAAGGGUAACCUUUUCUGGCACAAACACCUCUGUGGAGUCGACUGGAACGGAGUCUGGUGGCCACAUCCAGAGGGUUUGGGCCUACCUCACAGUUAAACAGCUUCUGGAGAAAGAGCUGCAGUUAUCUGGACCUGAGAAAGAGAAGGUGAAGAAAGAUGCUUUGGAGUUGUCACUUCAGUAUAGCUUUGUGACCCCACUCACAUCCAUGGUGGUCACCAAGCCUCCAGGGGAGAACACAGAUGUGCUUCAUAAACCCAAGGAAGGUGAAGCACCAGAGAGGCAGGCCAAUACCAGGACUCCUCAAUACCAUUUUCGUCUUCACUCAUCUCCGAUACACCAGACACCAGGUUUUGGGGUGAUGCCAAGGGGAGGAGGCUAUGGGAGAGGCUAUGGUGUGGCUGCAGGGGGAGGAGGCUAUGGUGUGGCUGCAGGGGGACCACCUGGCAAUCCUUGGAUUCCAGUGCAGAUGCCAGGGAUGAUACCAGGUUUUGUCAUGGACGUCUAUGAGGGUCGUGCCGGCAGUGGGCAUCAAAAACUAAAACUUAAGAGACCACCUGUUCAGCGUCCUCGUCCUACCUUCGUGUCAACAGCAGCAGCAACUUCUGCCCCUCUUUUGCACAGAUUUUUGCUGAAAUCUGACAGUGCAUCUCCUCCACUAUGCUUUGAUGUCAACGGAGCUGCUCUCCUUAAACUGCUGCACCACCCCAGCAGAGAGCUGUAUGUGAACGGUGAGCUUGACUCAGUAACAAAUGGGGGCUUCAAAAAGAUUGUCGUCCACUUCACUGCUGAUCAGCAUGUUGAAGUUACCACCACAGGAGUCACUGUGCGAGUGGGGCAGAAUGUAACACACCACACUGGACAGGAUCCCAUCGCAGUCGGAAGUAUGACAGUGAUUCGGCGGGACAAGGAAAUCGAUGUUGCAGCUGCAGAUGCUCGCCUGGUCAUUUUAGUUCAUCAGAAGAAUGGCAAAGAAUUGCUUUGGCCAGUUUUGAGACAGAAGCCGUCAGCCACCAACAUGGAGGGAAUUUUAGCUCUAUUGCCAGCAGUUUAUGAGGAGGUGCAGCAAGCUUCCCUCACAAAACUGAAGAUCAAAGACCAGGAGAUUUCUGCCACCAGUGCCACUGCGGUUGACUAUGGUGUUGUGUUUCCUCUGACAAUGAACUGCUGGCUCAUGUCUGCUGAGUCCGCCCUGCAGAGACGCCUGGAUGACUUCUUUGUUGCGCAACUUUAACUGGUGACCAUGUUGAAGAAUUUGAAAAUAUUUCACGCAAAAGAAAAUGAAGGCAAUUAAUACUUAGGAAUUAAGGAAAAUCAGUACCUAAACUUUCAGCUUGUAACUAGCAUUGAGAAAGUAAAGCAUCCUACAUCUUGGAUUGUCUGAUAUGAAGUUAAUUGUUCUGCAGAAAAAACUGAAUUACAUGGCAUCCACUUAUCUUCCAUAAUGAUCUGAACCUUCAGCCACUGGGCAUUGGUUAUCACUUUGCUUUGUAGUAUCUGAUCUGAGAUAUAUGUUGAGAUAUAUGUUGCUUAUUAGAAUAGAUGUGUUUUUUUGCUGAAGGAAGUCAUUUCUGUGAUUAGAUUGGGGAUCAUUAUGUCCAGGUAAAGAUAAUUGUUCUUUGGGGCUCGAAUGAGACUUUGGGUGUCUUAAUGAUAGGGGGUUGUUCUGCAGGGUCUUGUUCCAUGACCAGAUGUCUUUUAAUUAGGAAACAUAUAUUGUGACCUCAUACUUGUCCAAAACAUAUAAAUAUGAUCUCAGAUUGCUGUUCGGGGAGAUUCAUUUGGCCGGAUUCUCCCAGACAGUCUCUCUGUCUGAUCGAUGCUGUUCUUCCUUAUAAUAAACUCAUUAUUAAGCAA